CCUCGGACUAAUGCAUUUCUAGACUUUUUGCAAUCUAUACCGUCUUUACUUCACCCACCAAACCCACAUACCUUGUCCAAAACCUCAAUCCAAUGGAGUGGGAUCCCACGCAAUUCUUCCGCGCCGACGACCCUCCGACGCCAUUUGCGCUGGUGGUUCUGAACCAGCCGAUCAACGAGAAGGCGUUCGCGGUGUUGAAGGAACAUGCAUGCAUCACCGUCUGCGCAGACGGCGGCGCAAACCGAUACUACGAUAUGAUGAAAAAGCAAGGCCGAGAGGCUCUGGAUCUCCCCUCCCUAAUCAUCGGCGACCUGGAUUCCAUCGCCCCAGCCGUCCAAGCCCACUACUCGGGUCUCGGCAUCCCGGUCAUCAAAGACGAAGACCAGUACUCGACGGACUUCACGAAGUGUCUCAACUACUUGCGUGCGCACGCGUCUGAGAUCAUUGCCCAGAAGGCUUCCACUGACAGCAGUACAAGUGCUCCGCUAAACACCCUCAUCCUAGGCGGUCUAGGGGGUCGCGUGGACCAGGCAUUCUCGCAGAUCCACCACCUGUAUACCAUGACGCAGGAGAUACAGCAUCAGCGAGAAGAAGGUCAUCUAUAUCUCAUCUCCGAGGAAAGUAUCACGUUUAUCCUACGGCCGGGGAAGAACGUCAUUCGGACGCCGGGGGCGAAUCGGCCCUUGUCUGGCGGGGAGGACUCCGCGGGGGAGGAGCAUCUGCUGGAGGAAAAUGUCGGCAUCAUUCCCCUCUCUGGACCGGCGAGGAUCACGACCUCCGGGCUCGAGUGGGAUGUGACGGACUGGGCGACGGAGAUCGGGGGACAGCUGAGCACGAGUAAUCAUAUCCGGGCGGACGUGGUGGAGGUGGAGAGUCGGGUGCCGGUGUUGUUUACGCUGGAGUUGGCGGAGAGGUUUAAGAGGACGAGGUGA